AUGGAGGAUGACGCGGCUGGGAACGGGGCGGCGCCGGGCGGACGCGGACCGUCGGCCAAGCGCGGGCGCACCGGCGUGACCAGCGGCGGUACGGAGGUGGCGCCGUGGGGCCAGCCGCCGCAGCCGGGGCAGAGGCAGCUCGGCGCGGCGUCGCGGAUCUGCCGCGUGAAGGCCACGGGCGGCAAGGACCGGCACAGCAAGGUGUACACCUCCAAGGGCAUCCGGGACCGCCGCGUGCGCCUGUCGGUGCCCACCGCCAUCCAGUUCUACGACCUGCAGGACCGCCUCGGCUGCGACCAGCCAAGCAAGGCCGUCGAGUGGCUCAUCAACGCCGCCUCCGCCGCCAUCGACGACCUCCCGCCGCUCGACCCGGCCGCCUUCGCCGCCAUGCCGGACGCCCAACACCAACCCGGGCCCCGCGCCGGCAAGCAGCAGCAGCAGCAAGGCAGCAGGUCCUUGUGCAGCAGCACGUCGGAGACAAGCAAGGGGUCCGAGCUCUCGCUCUCGCGCUCCGACGGCCGCGACAAGGAGGUCACCGUGGCCAGCGCGUCCCCGGCGCAGUCCGCCGCGUCCUUCACCGAGCUGCUCACCGGGGCCGGCACCGCAGACCCCAGGCAGCCCUCCUGGCAGCCCGUGUCCGCCGUCGCCUCAAACUGCGUCGGCGUCGCGCACCCAGGGAAAGCCGGCGCGCAGGUGGUGCCGACGUACCCCGGCUUCAGAUUCGGCAAUGCGCCCCCGGUCGGCAUGGUGCCGGCGCAGCCCUUCAACUUCAACUUCGCCACCUCCGCCCAGAUGACUCACUUCUCGCUCGACCAGGACGCGCUGGCGCCCGCUCCGGCUCCCGCUCCGGCGGGCGACUACAGCCUCGACUUCUCCAUGUCGUCGGGUUUCUUGGCCGCCAGCAGCAACAACAGGAGGACCCUUCUGUCCAAUUCGCAGUCGCAUUUCUCAAGCCAGCAGCAGCUCCAGGACCUGGGCGACGGCCCGAGCCCUCCAUUCCUCUAUGAUGAAAACGCCGCCGCCGCUGUCGCCGCGGACAACCACCACCUCACGGCUACCGCGGCGCUGCAGCUGUGGAACGGAUUCCGGCAAUCCGCCAUCAAGGAGAAGACCAAGAACUGAUCCCGCGCGCCAAACAUUCUCCAACGCUGGAACGGAAAACAUCGAUGUUUCCUGAAUAUGUUUCGGCAUCGGCAAUAAUAUUCACCUCGUGGAGUGGAGCUGCUGCCUUGGAGUUUAUGGCGACGACUGUCUGUGUCCUUGGAGCUGGAUGAUCACCCAUCGUUCUUCCAACUCUACUCUGGUCGCCGUAUAUGGACCCUGCUGCCAUUUAUCUAGGGAAUCAUGGGCUGCAUUUUUUUCCUUCUCUCAGAUGAUGGAUGUGUACAAGUUUUUUCGGCAGUUUUAGACAAGACAGGCAGACCUAGCUGUGGGAGCUGUAAUUCUUUCGUUUUAGAAACUGUGUUGGGUGGAUUUAUGCAACGUGCCCCCCUUUUAGGCCAGACUAUUGCCGAGUUUUG